GCGAUUUUUUAUUGAUUGAUCGGAACUCGUUCGAGAUUCGCGAACGACACAACCGUGGCGGAUUCUAUGGCUUUGGUGGUGACUUUUCGUUUCAGACGAGACGUAAUCUGUUGAUUGCCUGUGAAUGGGGACAUCCGCGACUGUUUCGCGGUGGUUUCACGCGCAGCGACAUCGAGAAUGUUUCUGGAACAUUUGGCAGUCAACUGCAUGUAUGGCAGAUUUCUCCGAGCAUAUUACAGGAGAGCAUAGAGCUUGGUGCAUUUGACGGAUGUCUUACUACUACCGUCC